AUGAACCGUAAAAAUACAGCGGCAUCUAAGGCUCGACGGCAAAACCAACCGCAGCUCCGCUUCAACGACUCGGGCAUCUCGCUCUCCCUCGACGACGAGAGCACACGAUCCUCCAACGGCUCCAGCUCACAGGACCUCCGACCGAUGCGCUUGAUGCACCAUGGCUCAUUCUCCGAAUCGAGCAACAGCUGCGACUCGUUACUGGGCCUCCAGCUAGCCACGGAUCUGGCCAAAAGCGACACAAUUCGGACACGACCGCCCCCGCUUGACUUCUCCGGAGCCGUCCAGGAUAGCGUCAAGCCAGUCACCGAAGCGCCGUUUGAACAAGAUGACAACAACAGCCACGACACAAUCUAUUCGGACAACAAGGAAAACAUGCCACCCGGCUGCUCGGUGCGCAUCUACCACGGCGACGACGAGGCUCCCUGCACAGCGAGCAGCUUGACGAUCCGUCGUAUCCACUCGGACUUGGAAACUGUCAUGAACACCCGGAAGCGCACUUCGUUGUUGUCUUCCCAUUCGCCGCAGGCCAAGAAGCUCCACAUGCAGCCGCUCGGCGUGCUCUACGAGGACGGAGAACAUGACAUCUCGUCUGCUUCCGUGCGAUCCCUCCACGCUCGUGCUCAGUCAACAGGACCCUUCGAGAAGGGCGUCUUUCGAACAACACACGGAGAUGACGAAUGGUCGCCGCAGCACCUAGAAGUGAACUAUUCAUUGCCAUGCCUGGAAAAAGUGACAUCCCAAGCUUUUCGACUGAUCAGCAAUUUGACACUUUGGCACGAGUUUUCCCGGCUGGGCGCCGUCGCCUUUAAAGAACGAUACAACCUGGUGGACUGUCGCUACGAGUACGAGUUCCGCGCUGGCCAUAUUGAUGGCGCCAUCAAUCUGUGCUCGGACUCGGAAUUGACUGACCUGUUCUUCCCGGAGUGCACGAACAAGUUGCAAGACUCGCGGCGGCGCAUCCCGAUCUUCUACUGCGAAUUUUCCGAAGUACGCGGACCCAGGAUGGCCAAUGCUCUUCGCAAGCUCGACCGGAUGCGGAACUCUCAUCUCUACCCGCACGUCGACUAUCCGGAGAUGUACGUCCUCGCCUGCGGCUACAAGGCGCUCUGGGAGUUUGCCAACAAGGAGAAGAAUGACAUGCUGACGCUGUGCGUGCCACAAGGCUACACGCGGAUGCAUGCCCCGGAGCACGCCGACGAGCUGCGCAAGAACAAGGAACACCGCCGCGGUCGUCAGAAGGCCAAGCGCCCGCCGCAGCGCCCGACUCGCCGCGUGAUCGCCGUCACUGCUGAUGAGGUGCCCGCUCCGAUGCCGACAACACCGGCCGAGCCCCACCGCCGUUCAACGCACACCCCGCUGCGCCCUCCGCCGAUGGUCUUCCCGGACUCGUGCGACGAGGACAGCAAAAGCCGGACACGAUCGCGCCACAACACGACAACACCC